CUCUUGGCGCCACCGGUCAUCGUCGUCACACGCUGUUGAGGAAUUUGGUGGCGAAGAAAAAGAAAUUGCAGAUUUAUCCCAGUCUUACAUAGCAUCGUAUUCAAAACAUGGAUGUUGGGAAGUUGGUGGAGGUGCUUAGAGCAACCCUCGAUCCAGAGCAGCGAGAGAAUGCCGAGCAACAGUUGACGGAGGUACACAAGAUCAUUGGGUUUGGGCCGGUGCUGCUGCAAGUUGUGAUGAUGGAGCAGAUCGACAUGCCCGUCAGACAAGCAGGUGUGAUAUACCUCAAGAACAUCAUCACCCAGUUCUGGAUAGAGAGAGAGGCAGAGAACCCUGGGGAUGCCGUCCCAUUUAACAUCCACGAGCAAGACAGACAGGCGAUUCGUGAGAACCUUAUAGAAGCCAUCAUCCAUGCCCCAGAACCUGUCAGGGUCCAGUUGUGUGUGUGCAUCAGUCACAUGGCUAAGAGUGACUGGCCAGGACGCUGGCCGAACCUGGCAGAGAAGAUCGCUGUGUACAUCCAGACUGAAGACCCCAAGACUCUGAUGGGAGCGCUCAUGUCCCUCUAUCAGCUGGUCAAAGUAUAUGAGUACAAGCGAGCUGACGAGCUCAAGGUGCUUGAUGAGAUGAUGGUGCACAUGUUGCCGCUGGUGUAUCAGAGGACGCUGCCACUGCUGCAGGACAAUAGUGAAGUCUCCAACCUCCUCCAAAAGCAGAUUCUCAAGAUUUUCUUUGCUUUCACACAGAACUUCCUGCCCCAAGCAACUGUACCCAAGGAGGUUUUUACACAGUGGAUGGAAGUGCUCAGGCAGAUCGUUGACAGACAAGUGCCCCAGGAGACCAACCAGAUAGAUGAGGAUGACCGCCCAGAGCUGGCCUGGUGGAAAGUAAAGAAGUGGGCAGUUCAUAUACUGGCUCGAAUAUUUGAGAGGUAUGGAAGUCCUGGAAAUGUCACACGAGAAUACCAACAGUUUGCUGAAUGGUACCUUAAGAGCUUUUCAGCUGGGAUCCUGCAGGUGUUGUUGAAGUUGUUGGACCAGUACCGCCAGAAGAUCUACGUCGCUCCCCGCGUCCUCCAGCAGACCCUCAACUACAUCAAUCUUGGAAUCAGUCACGCCUUUUCAUGGAAGUACAUCAAGCAACACAUGCAGACGCUGAUGCAGGAUGUAAUAUUCCCACUUAUGUGUCACAGUGACGAGGAUGAUGAGCUGUGGAACACUGACCCACAUGAAUACAUCCGGGUCAAGUAUGAUGUGUUUGAAGAUUUCCUGUCCCCGGUGAUGGCUGCCCAGAUAGUUUUCUACUCCUCGGCCGCCAAAAGGAAAGAGGUGUUGAACAAAGCCAUGGGAUUCUGUAUGUCCAUCUUGACCCAGCCCAACGUUGACCCACGCCAGAAGGACGGGGCCCUGCAUAUGGUGGGGGCAGUGGCUGAGGUGCUUCUCAAGAGGAAAAUCUACAAGGACCAGGCAGAGUUGAUGCUGACAAACCAUGUCUUCCCCGAAUUCACAAGUCAGUUUGGCUACCUGAGAGCAAGGGCAUGCUGGGUGAUCCGUUACUUCUGUGAGCUGAAGUUCCGCAAUGAGCAGAACCUGAUGCAGGCUGCCGAGAUGAUCAAGACGUGUCUGUGUAACGACAAGGAUCUACCUGUCAGAGUGGAGGCUGCCAUCGCCCUCCAGAUGAUCAUCACAGAGCAAGAGAAAGCCAAGAAUUAUAUCCGCCCGUUUGUCAAGCCUGUGAUUUUAGAGUUGCUGAAGGUGAUCCGCGAGACCGAGAACGAUGACCUGACUGGCGUGAUGCAGCGACUUGUCUGCACCUACACCGAUGACGUCAUCCCCAUUGCAGUUGAGAUGAUGAGUCAUCUUGCACAGACAUUUGCUCAGGUCUUAGACACAGAUGUAGACGGGUCUGAAGAGAAGGCCAUUACAGCUCUAGGAAUCCUCAACACCAUGGAAACAAUUCUCAAUGUCAUGGAGGAGCAGAAAGAGAUUAUAACCCAGCUAGAAGGAAUAGUUCUCAAUGUUAUAGGAAUAAUUUUACAGCAAAACAUUAUGGAUUUCUAUGAGGAGGUGUUAUCCCUGAUCUACAGCCUGACCAGCACCCAGGUGUCACACCACAUGUGGGAGGUGUUCGGCAUGAUCUACCAGAUGUUCCAGAAGGACGGCAUCGACUACUUCACAGACAUGAUGCCAGCCCUGCACAACUACAUCACCGUGGAUACCACAGCCUUCCUAGCCAACCCCUCGUAUCUACAGAUCAUUUACGAAAUGUGUAAAACAGUGUUGACGGGGGAUGUAGGUGAGGACCCUGAGUGUCACGCAGCCAAGCUGCUUGAGGUCAUUAUUCUUCAGUGUCCAGGAAAAGUAGACCAUGUAGUGCCGUCAUUUGUGGAACUGGUUUUACAGAGGUUGACACGGGAAGUCCAGACAUCGGAGUUGAGGACAAUGUGUUUACAAGUAGUCAUAUCCGCACUGUAUUAUAACACUCCCCUGUUGUUCGAGAUGUUACAUAAAAUCCAGAUCCCCAACAUGCAGGGAUCAAUACUCGCACAGUUCCUCAAGCAGUGGCUUCACGACGCAGACUGCUUCCUGGGGCUGCACGACCGAAAGAUAUGUGUGCUUGGUCUAUGUUCAGUUUUAAAUAUGCCAAACAAUCGCCCAGCAGAAAUUACAGCUGUCGCACCCCAGAUCAUACCUGCAGCACUGCUCCUGUUCCAGGGAUUAAAACGAGCAUAUGCAAGUCGAGCCAAGGAAGAAGAAGACUCUGAUGGUGACGAGAAUGGCCAGGAAGAGGAUGAGGAUCAGGAAGUAUUGGAAAGUGAUGAAGAUGAGAUUGAUGAAGAUGGAAACCAGUAUUUAGAAAAAUUAGAAAAAGCGCGUGGUGAUACGGACGAUGACAGCGAUGCAGAGUUCACAGAUGAUGGUGCGGAGGAGACGGCACUCGAGAGUUACCAGACUCCCAUAGAUGAGGAUAGCUGUCAAAUUGAUGAAUAUGUCAUCUUUAAACAUGUUCUGCAGUCCAUUCAAUCCACAGACCCCACGUGGUACAUGGCUUUAACGAGCGCCCUCACUGCACCACAGACAAAAGAAUUGGAUGACGUUUUCAAACUUUCUGACCAGAGAAAGGCAGCUGCAGAUUCCAAGCAGAUAGAACAAAGAGGGGGUUACAUGUUCACAACCAAACAAGUUCCUACAUCAUUCAAUUUUGGAAGCAUGGGAUAAUUUUUGCUUUGCUUAAAAUAAACUAUUGUGCAACAGUGUCUCCUUUCACCCCUAUUUUCCACUCGUGGACUCAACCAGUGCUCAGCUUCAUAUGAGGAAGCAAGUGAAAGGAAGGGGUGACAGGAUAACAUUCUAGAUGUCUGCUCACCGCCACCCUGUGUGGAUGUGGACUUCACCAUUUGUCUGCUAAUAAUGGGAUUCACCUGUGUGACUGCUUCUGCUUCCAAGAUGACCCAGCAUUUCUGACAGAAAGCAUAAAUACUUCACAAAUCUUGGAUUGGACGGUUCGCGCAAGGAUGUUUGAAAUUGAAGCAAAUGUUGCUACCGAUUCCAGUGUGUUUGAAACUCAAGACAAAGAAGAGAAGUGACGCUGUGAAUUACCCUCAUUCUCUGGGAAUCCUCUUGAUGAAUAUUUGUGUAAAAAGAUUGUGUACGAAACAUCCGUGAAAACCAUUUUUUGGUACAAAUUGAAAAUAUUUUGUUAGGUU